CAUGAUUGCGCAGUAGCCAGUUUUUCCUUUGCUCUAUUUGCAAUAAGUUCCAUUGCAAUUCGUUGCUAAACAAAAAAUGACACUUCGGCAGUAUUUAACAAGAAAAGUAAUAGUUAGUGUUUAAUUAAGUGCAACAUUUAAUAUCCUCAGGUAUUUAUUUCGUCACACUUUAUAUCUAAAUAAUAUCAGUUCUUGUUAGAAAAUGUUUCUAUUGUCGGCAAAUUCAGGGGGAGGUUUCUUGAUUCUCGUGUCAAAUAACAUGCUUACGUAACGAAUUAUUUUCGCAAUGAGACUAAUAAUCGUUGACAGAAAACCAAGCCAGGUAAACGAGGUAAACGCGGAGAAGUGUAAUUCUGCAAAGUUAUUAAUGGCUCUGGGUGUAAGCCAGCCAGAAAUAUACUCUGUUCUCGUGCAGUGACCCUUUUUUUCUCUUGUUGGGCCACCCCCCAAAAUGUUAAAUAUGAUUUCAAUUAUUAUUACUCCCUUCUGAAGAAGCUUCUAAUUUAUGUGAGGAUAUUAAAGUAUGACAGCAGCACUUGUCAUGGACACCGUCAAUUGGGAUCCUUCUUUGUCAAAGUUAUUAAACUCACUGGUGGAAAGUAAAGCCGAUAUUCCAAGUUGUACAGAUGAGGAAUUUGGAUUUUUGAGUGAGCUUCUGCAGUCGAAAGAAUUAAAUGCUUUAGUCAAGGUUCACAAUAAAGUUUUACAUAACAUUAAGGAUGAUAAAUUUUACCCGAUGCUGUCAAAUGCGAUGGAUAUCGAUGUCGAUGUCCUCGAGGUACUUGCGACGAAAACACACAUCUCUCAGGAUUGCAGAGAACUUUUUCAACUUUUACAAAGACCACAUAUUCAGGGUUUAUUGUGCGCUCACGAUGCUGUUGCUCAAAAGGACUAUUAUCCAAGGUUACCAGAUAUUCCGCUAGAAGUUGACGAAGACGAGGAAACAGUGAAAAUUGUGCAACUAGUUAAAUCAAAUGAACCCCUGAGUGGUGAUGGCGUUGAACCGAUUCUGGGCGCAACUAUAAAGACUGACGAGGACACUGGAAAAAUUGUGAUAGCACGAAUAAUGCACGGUGGUGCUGCAGAUAGAUCUGGUUUAAUUCACGUUGGUGACGAGGUCUGCGAAGUCAAUGGAAUCAGCGUCGAAGGAAAAACACCGAAUUGUGUUCUAAAAAUUUUGCAAAAUUCGGAGGGUACAAUUACUUUCAAAAUCGUGCCAGCGGAUAGCAAAGGCGGUAUGAGGGAAAGCAAGGUUCGUGUUCGGGCGCAUUUUUCCUACAAAGCAGCCGAAGAUCCUCAUACACCCUGUAAAGAAGCUGGCCUUGAUUUUUCAAAAGGAGAUGUCCUUCAUAUCGUGAGCCAGGACGAUAUCUAUUGGUGGCAAGCGAGAAGAGAAGGUGAUCGAAAUAUGCGUGCAGGAUUAAUUCCCAGUCGAGCGCUCCAGGAACGCAGGAUUAUCGUUGAACGACAACAAAAAGAAAAAACCGACGAGGACACAAUAAGCUUGUGUUCUGUUCCAGUGCCUUUGCCUGCCUUGUGCCCCCGUCCCAGUAACUCUUUGCACGACUCGCCUACAAAGUGCAAUUUACAAGGAAUUAAAACUAAAAAAAUCAUGUAUGACGCUGCAGAAAAUGACGACUUCGAUCGCGAAGAGAUACCAACUUACGAGGAGGUGGCGAAACUCUAUCCAAGGCCCGGUCUUUAUCGGCCGGUAGUUCUCAUCGGACCACCGGGAGUUGGCCGCAACGAGCUCAAGAGAAGAAUUAUGGCCAGCGAUCCUGACAAGUACAAAACCCCUGUGCCAUACACUUCCAGACCGCCAAGAUUAGGAGAAAUAAAUGGAAAGGAAUAUCACUUCACUUCGAGGGAAAAAAUGGAGGAGGAUAUUCAAGCGGGAAAAUUCAUAGAGUACGGAGAAUAUAAGGGAAAUUUAUAUGGAACGAAUACGGAGAGCGUUAGUUCAUUGGUUGAUGCUGGAUACGUUUGCCUAUUGAAUCCUCAUUAUCAGGCGUUGAAAAUGCUGAGAUCUCCAAAAUUGAAGCCAUAUGUUAUUUACAUCAAGCCACCGAGAUUCGAAAUUCUCAAAGAGACAAGAAAUGAGGCUCGAGCUAGAUCCACUUUCGAUGAAAAUAAUUCCCGUGGAUUCACGGACGAAGAGUUUAAUGAAAUUCUACACAGUGCAGCGAGAAUAGAAUUUCUCUAUUCGCAUCUUUUUGACGAGGUGAUUGUGAAUGCUGACUUAUCAAUGGCCUUCGAGCAACUUGUAAGCGCAAUCCAACGAGUAGAAACGGAUCCUCUUUGGGUGCCAGCUUCCUGGGUUCAGUAAUGAUUACAACAACAAAAGCAAUAGGAUUUGAGAUUUAAACAAGGAAAACUUUACGUUCGUAUCAUUUUAUUUUGUUUCUUUUAUACAAUUUUUUUUGUCGUAUUCAGUACAAUUUAUUCACAAAACGUGAUUUUCUAGUGUCUUGAACUUUAUUAUUUUCAUAUAGAGAAUAGAAUCACUCGACGUUUCUGCAAAAAAAAAAUUUAUCUAGAUUAGGUAGAAAAUUCAAAACUAGGAACUGAUUGGGGUGUUUUAGACUAUUCAAAAUUCAAGAGUCAUUCCAGAGGAUUUUUUCUCAAUCAUAAAUUAAUUAUUAAGUUAAUUAUUCGAUAAUUAGAAAAAAAACUAAUUUAUUUAUUGAUCGAAGAUUCAAUUUUUAGAAAUUAGUUAAUUGUAAGUUAAUAAGCAAUUUUUGAAAACUUUUAUUUGAUUAUACGUCAAUUUUAAAUAUUAAAACAAAAUUUAAUCAACUCUUGAUUGAGAUUGGAAAAUUGUUCAUUAAUUCUUACCAAAUGGAAUGACUUUUUAGAACUGAAAUUUCGAACUUUUCGAAAAGAAAGAAAAAAUUUCGUAAAGAAAAUCUUUUAACUUCAAAGUAAUUAAUUUGAUUAUUUUGAAACUUUCAAGUUUUAAAAUAAUAUCUAAAGAGGGAAUGAGAAGAAAAAAAGGGAAACUUUUUUUCCUUCUCUGUGUUUAGAAAAGAGUAAAGUAUCGUCACUGCCAAAUUUUAUCGUUCGUUGAAUAAAAAAAUGAAAUCUUGAGCGAAUGGCGCAAUAAUUGCGAUCAAUGAUCGCUUAAUUAUUGAUACAUAUUACUCAACUAUUAAGAAUAAUGUUUAAUUCCGAUUGUUGUUAAUUGUUGCCAAAUAAAAUUAACGUAUACUAUAUAUAUAAAUAUAUGACAAAACAAAGAGAAAUAUGUCCCAUAUUGUAUUUUCCACUCUGCAAUCAUUAUAAAAUUAUAAUAAGCUAUUUUCCAUAUUGCAAAUUGACAUUGCAGUAAAUUUUAGCUCAUCCUCGAUGUACACGCUAUAUGUUAUCGAAAUAUAGAAUUACACACAAAUUCA